AUGACGACCAAAACGGGAAAAAGAUGCGGCGAAAAGUCGCGAGCGAGUUCGUGCGCGUUCGCGGAAUCGAUUUCGAACGUUGCAAUCGAAACGUUCUCGCGUUUGCGAGAGAAUACGGCGCGUGAAUAUAAUUUGAGAGCAGCGAAUGAGGAGGAGGAAAAUCAUCAUCUGAGGACUGUUAUGAGCGCGUUUAUCGCGCUCGACGCGCGAACGAACAGGAUGACGUGCUUGACCAUCGCGAACGGGACGAAGACGAUUUCGGACGAGGAUUUUGAUCGGGAGAUGGAAAAGAAGAGUUACGAGAGAGGUAAGCUGAGAGAUUUACACGCGGAGGUGUUGGCGAGGAGAGCGUUGAAGAGGUAUUUAGCGUUGGAAAUGAAAGCGUUAUCGAACGAAGGCUACGAGGACACAGAGGAUUCAUUUCUACUCGAGAGAGUGAAACGAGACGACGGCGGGGGCGACAGGGUGCUCUUUCAAAUGAAAACGCACAAGAGCAUUCAUUUAUACGUCUCUUCGUGUCCGUGCGGGAACGCGACUAUACGAAAAUGGGCCAAAGGAGGAAUGGACGAUGGAAACGACACCAAGAUCGGGCCGUUUACGAUGCCGACGCAAACGCACGAGACACCAUUUUUACCACUAGACGUUCAGAAAGGCUCCGUGGCGGUGGCGUUGAAGAAAGCGACGGUGGUCUCGAUGCCUGCGAAAAACGACGAGGACGAUGAUGCGAGCUCGGCGGCGGUCGCGGGGGUGAGCGUGUUAUACGAGAACGGAACGCUCGCAAAGGGUACUUUGCCAGUCGGAGAAAAUCGAGCCGGACGAAUGUGUACAUGCUCGGAUAAAAUAGCCUCGUGGAAUGCACUCGGCGUGCAGGGUAGUUUAUUGGCCACGAAACUUACGGAGCCUAUUUUUAUUCAAUCGAUAACCAUAGGGAGGAAGUUUGCGUAUAAGCACUGCGCUCGAGCAUUUUGCUGUCGCGUUUCAAAAACGUUUCCGAGCGUCAACCACCCGGUGCUGAUGCAGUGCGAGAGAAAAUUCGACUUGGCUCCCAUCGACACGGACUCUGUCGUCGUGUUUGAUAACCCACACUGUUUAAUAUGGACGGCGGGUGAAGAGGAUGUGAUUGAAGUAUGCAACGGCAAAACCGGUCAACGCGAAGAAGAAGAAGACGAACAAGAGGAGAGUUCUUCACGAUACUGCUCCUCCGCGUUCGAGUCGUUGUUUUUCGACACGUUCAAAGAGGAGUCUUCGGGUGCCGGUGCCAACAUCGAGGAGCAAAUGAAAGAGUACGCCGCGAUGAAUGUCACAAUAAAUGACUACGACGCCUCCAAGGAGACGCUCUGGGGGAAAUCCUUCAUUCCGCGCUCUCAGGAACAAACUCGAAGGAGGCGCGCUAACGUCGGGAAAAUGUAUUACAUACAAAACAAGCGCAAUGAAGAGGUAGAUAGGUAG